GUAAAUUUCAUUUUAUGACCCCUUAUCCAGUCGUCUCCUUAGUUCCAAAUUCUAAUUCCAAGCUUUGUCCCGUAAACUAUCCCAACUGCAGCUGCAAUGGCGUUACUUCGCCUGUUGUCUUCUCCAUCUCAGCUUCAUUUCUCCACCCCCCAAUUUCCUUCUUCUUCUUCACCCGCUUUGUUUCCCUUUCACCACCAAUCUACAAUUCCCAUUUUAUCCCCUUCUACCGUUUCUUUGCACAUUUCUUCUUUAUCCCCAUUACUCCCUAUUAAACCCCAUAAACCCUACCUUUACAUCUCCCAUUGCUCUUCGUCGGCCCAAACUCCAGAAUUGCAACAAGACCAAGAAGAACAAUCGGAAGAUGAAAGUUCUAGAACAAGAAUUCUUGCUCAGAAUGCUCCUUGGACUUCCACAGCGGAUGACCUUCGCCCUCUGUUUGAGAAAUAUGGUACUGUUAAGGAUAUUGAGGUUGCAAUGUACAACAAGACCAGAAGCAGGGGUUUAGUCUUUGUCACAAUGGGUUCUCAUGAGGAAGCUAAGGCAGUUCUUGAAAAUCUUGAAGCCUAUGAACUUGAGGGUAGACCAUUGAGACUUGCCUGGGCUAAGCCAAAGACUGUGAAACCUUCUUCUCCGCCGCCGUCCAAGCCGCUGCCUGUACACAAUGUGUUUGUGGCUAAUUUGCAUUUUGAAGCAAGGUCUAAGGAUCUUAUGGAGUUCUUUAAGGCUAAUGGGGCAGAUGUUGUUUCUGCUGAAGUCAUAUUCAACAGUGAUAAUCCAAGACGAUCUGCAGGAUAUGGAUUUGUUUCUUUUAACACCAAGGUGGAGGCGGAUGCCGCAUUAUCCUCUUUUGAGGGAAAGGAAUUUAUGGGGAGACCAAUAAGGGUAGCACACAGUAAAAGAUUUCUGAGAGGAGAGACAAAAAAGAUUCUCCAGUCCCAAGAAGUAUCAUCCGAAUUGAUCUCUGUGGCAGAAUAAGCUAAAGCUGUUGGAAUUUGAAAGUUAUUCCUACGAGGAAGUGAGUUUUCCAUGACCCUUUGUUUGUAUAGUAGAAUUCGGGCAGAUAUCUUGAAAAAUUUUGUAUCAGAAAUUUUAAUAUGGCUUCAUAUACUUCUUGUCGCCUUUGUUAUCCUGAUUAUGUUAUGUUUUCUAUCUCUUCUUUC